AUGUCGAAAGACAUCGCCAGCAGCGUGAUUAAUUGCAAGAAUGUUAGGCAGAUGUGGCUGGAAUUACAGGAGAGAUUCUCACAUGUGAACGUGGUUCAACUGUUCAAUAUCGAGAACGCGAUUCAUGAUUGUGUGCAGGGAAAUAUGUCCGUGGGAUCUUACUUCACGAAAUUGAAGGGACUAUGGGAUGAACGUGAUGCUUUGUGCACCUUCCUGAUUUGCACCUGUGGAUCGGUCAAGGAAGUGGCUGCAUAUUUGGACACGCAGAAAACCAUGAAGUUCCUCAUAGGUCUCAAUGAAUCGUAUGCAAGUGUUCGCAGCAACACUUUGCUGCAAGAUCCCUUACCCAUAGUAAACAAGGCGUACUCCCUAGUAUUGCGGCAUGAGAAGCAAUCAGAAGUGACAACGGGUAAAACUCAGGCACAACUGGAUGUGGCCAUGUUUGUCGUGAAGAAUUCUAGCCGUGAAUCCGAAGGAGAAAAGGGUGAGUUGAAGUGCACCAAGUGCAACAAAACCAACCACACUGCCAAGAAUUGCCGUGCACACCUAAAAUGCGCAUUUUGCAGAUGGAAGGGUCAUACAGCCGAGUAUUGCCACAAGAAGAAGGCAACGGCUGAGGCCGAGUUUAGUGUGGUGAUUUCCAAAGGGAACCAAGCAGCAACAUGUAUGAUAGAGAGGAAUGAGAUCCAAUUCCCAUUUACCGUUGAAGAGUGCAAACAAAUAUUGAGUGUGCUGCAAAACAGGUCCUCCUCUACUAAUCAUGUUGCUAAUUCCACAACCCAUGAAGGACUUUCAGGUAAAGCCUUUUCACUUAACUCUAAUGGCAAACAAAAUACUUGGAUUUUAGACAGUGGCUGCACGGACCAUAUGAUUUAUGAUCCCAACCUGUUUUCUACCUUGAGACCGGUUACUAAUCACACAGUCAAAUUGCCGAAUGGGUCUAUGGCUGAUGGAAUGGUCGAACGCUACAAAGCCCGCUUAGUGGCAAAGGGAUACAGUCAAGUUGAAGGCAUUGAUUACCGGGAAACUUUUGCCCCGGUUACCAAACUAGUAACCGUCCGUGUCCUACUUAGUGUGGCCUCUCUGCGUGGCUGGCAUCUCCACCAAUUGGAUGUCAACAACGCAUUUUUGCAUGGCUACCUUGAUGAGGAGGUGUUCAUGUCUUUGCCUUCCGGUUUCGGACGAAAGGGGGAGAAUCGGGUUUGUCAAUUACACAAGUCAUUGUACGGUUUAAAACAGGCAUCUAGGCAAUGGUUUAUCAAGCUGUCUAUUGCCCUCAAAGCCACGGGAUUCCAGCAGUCACGAUCCGACUAUUCUCUGUUUGUCCGAAAUCGUCAAGGCAACUUCCUGGUGUUGCUUGUAUAUGUUGAUGACGUCAUACUGGCAAGGAACAAUUUGGAGGAUAUAGAGAACACAAAAUUAUUCUUGGCCAACCAAUUCAAGCUUAAGGAUUUAGGGCAGCUGAAGUAUUUCCUCAGCAUCAAAGUUGCCAGGUCACGGCAUGGAAUUAGUUUGUCGCAAUGUAAGUAUGCCUUGGAAAUUUUGGAUGAUGCUGGAUUUUUAGGUGUCAAACCUUCUCGGUUUCCUAUGGAACAGAAUUUAUCACUCACACAAUUCAAUGGAAGGUUAUUAGAUGAUGCUUCGGCAUAUAGAAGAAUGGUUGGGAGGUUGAUAUAUUUGACCAUAACUAGGCUGGACCUGACUUACGCCGUGUAUGUACUGAGCCAGUUCAUGGAUUAG